CCUAGAAAAACUGCCUGUAUUGAAGCAGUCUUGCUGCAGACAACAUACCUGCUGAAGGCUGUCGACUCACACAGCAAAAAUGGCAUAUACUUUGACUCAGGAGCAAGUUCUGUGCAUCAUUUGCAUGGAUAGCUUCACCAACCCUGUGUCCAUCCCGUGUGGCCACAACUUCUGCCUGGAAUGUAUUAAUGGUUUCUGGGACACAAGCCACAAGUCGGAAUGUCCACUUUGCAAGGAGAACUUCCAAAAGCGUCCAGCCCUCAGGGUGAAUGUCGGCUUAAAAGACAUUACUGAACAAUUUAAAAGAUGUUUGAGGAGUGAACAAGCAAGCAACCCAGAGCCACCUAGGAGAAACUGCUCCAGACAGUCCUCUAAAUCUGACAACAUAACUUGUGACAUCUGCGGCGAAAACAAGCUGACAGCAGUGAAGUCGUGCCUGGUCUGCCAAGCGUCUUAUUGUGAAAUGCACCUGACUCCUCACCUGAGCGAUUCCAUGAUGACAAAGCACAGGCUGACGGAUCCGGCCACCUUCAGGAAAAGUCACCUCUGCAGAAACCACAACAAGCCCCUGGAGAUGUUCUGCAAGAAAUGUCAGAGCCCUGUUUGUACGAGCUGCACUGAGAGGGACCAUAAGCAUCAUCAAGUUGUUCCUAUGGAGAAAGAGAGCAGGAGGAUCAAGGCAAAAUUGAAGAUUGUUGAAGCAGAGAUUCAACAGAUGAUCCAGACCCGGCUCAGAAAGACUGAGGAUAUCAAGAACUCUAUGGAGCUGAGCAGAAUAGAUAAAGAAAAGGAGAUACAAACCAGUGUACAUGUUGUCACCAUGGUAAUAAAUGCCAUUGAGAGAAACCAGGCUCUGCUCAUUGAGGACAUAGAAGAGAAGCAUGAAGCAGCAAAGAGGAGAGCAGAAGAUCUUCUUGAAGAGCUCGACCAGGAGAUCGGAGAACUGCAAAAGAGACGCAGUGAGCUGCAAUACCUGAAGGACACCAAGGACCCGCUACAUCUUCUGCAGAGUUUUCCAUGUCUGAGUUCUCCGCUGUCUUCAACAAACUGGUCUGAGGUCUGUGUUGACUCUGACAUUUAUAUAAGAAGUGUGAGGACAGCUUUCUCCAAGCUGGUGGACGUCUGCCAUGAACUAGAAAAUAAAUUUUGUGCAGAAGAAGUCACUAAGUUGGCCAAAUAUGCAGUGGAUGUGACUCUGGACCCUACAACUGCUGCAAGCUGGCUGCUUCUGUCCCCGGAUGGUAAAAAGGUGAGCCUGAGCUCCCAGAGCAGAAGGCAGUCGCUGCCUGAUGACCCCCGCAGGUUCGACUCGUGUGUUGCUGUUCUGGGGAAACAAAGCUUCACCUCUGGGAGACGAUAUUGGGUGGUUAAGAUAGGGGAUAAAACAGACUGGGAUCUUGGUGUGGCCAAGGAGUCCAUUAACAGGAAGGGCUCCAUAACCGUCCGUCCAGACAACGGUUACUGGGCGAUCUGCAGGCGGAAGGGUGAGAGUCUUCGGGCCUGUGCCGGACCCUCUGUCACCUUAAACCUCCAUGAAAUCCCUAUUAAAGUGGGUGUAUUCCUGGACUAUGAAGAUGGAUCAGUGUCAUUCUACAACGUAGAUUCAAAAACUCAUAUCUACACUUACAAAGGAUGUUCUUUUACCGAGCCCCUGUACCCAUACUUUAAUCCCUGUCUUCAUGACAAUGGAAGGAACACAGAACCUCUGAUUAUCUGUCCAGUGGAAACUGGGCUUACUAUAGAGACUGCAGGGCAGUGAAGUUAAAUUCAAUGAAAGUGAUCUGACAAAGUCAUCAACAAGCAUCAGUAAGAUGCUUAGGAUGUCCUCGUUGUUUAGUUUUUGAUGUUUUUCAUGUUCAGUAUCAGAAAACCUUUGAGAAGUUUGGGAAAACUUCAGAAUUGAGAAGCAGUUUACAUUUUAAAGCCUAAAGAAAAAUGUGCUGCAUCAUGUAAAUGUUGAUAAUGUGUAAAAUGUGCAAAACCUAAAUAUGAUCAAAACUAUUAGGUGUGGGUCUAAAAGCUAUAAAGUCUACUUCUGUCAUUUCUAAAAAAAAGAUGUGACAUUAAAACGUGACACUACAAAGUGUUGUGCAACAAGUACAUUUCUUUGAAGGAUAAAAAUCUCUCCUGCUCUAAGCGUCUGUCAGAGAACAUCAGGAACCAGUUGUGCAGCAUGACUUCACAAUAAUGAAUUGCAAGCAUUGUGUUUAUGGGACAUUAUGAUUGUUUAUGACGAUAGUGUUCUGCUUCAUGAACGCUAUGUCGGUUCUCAUUUUCAACUCUAGUGUGAUCUAAAAAAUAAGGAUUAGGUCAAGGUUUGUACUUCUCUUCAAACUGUAUCUUAUCAACAGGAUGUGUUUUAAAGAAACUCAGUCUGUCUACCAUCUUACUGGGAAUAUUCAUACAUUAUGUUUGAAAGAUAUGCAUUUUCAAAUGUUAAUCUGCAGUUGAACUGUAAAUUACUUGAGGCAAACUCAAGGAUAUUGAGAACUGGAGGUUAAUAUGAUCAAAUCUGGAGAAAAAUAGAUGGUAUAUAGAGAAUGGUUAGAGCCCAGUCUCAUGGAACUGCUCAUAUUUUAUCCAGUCUUGAUAAUUAACAGUCCAAUAGUUAUCAAUUUAAAAAGAUAAAAGCAUUUGAUUACACAUACACAGACUGGCUUUAUUUAGUCCACUGCUGCAUUUUCUCUUUUUUUGUUUAAUUGUUUGUUACUUGUACUAUGCCUUAGCUGAUGUUUCAUAGUUUCAUGUUUAAAUGCCAAAAGAUACAUUAAAAGUUGUUGUUUAUGAA